AACCGUAGUUGAACCAAAAAAUUAAAACCUAUAUAUACAUACAUUUUUAUUUGUUCUAGAAAAAUUAAAAAAAAAAGAAAAUUUGAAAAUAUUGGAAAAUUUAUAGAAGAAAAAAAGCAAACCACAUAGCAACAAGAACAAAGCAUACAUUCCGUCUUUAUAAACAAAUAAUAUUAGUUAGUUUAAAUUGCUGCAACUUACAAACAAAGCGACAUUUUAAGAAAAUGUCCCAACAAUAAAAGAAAAGAAAAAAACUUCUUAAUGGUGCUAAAAGAAUUAAAACAAAUUGCACAAAUAAUAUAUGUAUUUUUUUAAAGCAACAACAAAAAAGAUAGUCAUACUGUGAGCGACGCAUUCAGUUUUAGAUUCCUUACAUUAUAAUCUCUCUAAGCGCGAACUGUAUUCAACAAUAAAAGUUGUGGGCAAGCGUUUACCCAUUACAAAGUAACAUUUUAAAUUUCUAAGUUAAAGCAAAACAAAAACAAAACACAUCAAAAUGUCGACAGUCGAUAAAGAGGAAUUGGUCCAAAAGGCAAAAUUGGCCGAACAAUCCGAAAGAUACGAUGACAUGGCUCAAGCUAUGAAAUCAGUCACAGAAACCGGUGUCGAACUGUCAAAUGAAGAAAGAAAUUUGCUAUCAGUUGCUUACAAAAAUGUUGUUGGUGCCCGCAGAUCAUCAUGGAGAGUAAUUUCCUCCAUUGAGCAGAAAACCGAAGCCUCCGCCAGAAAACAACAACUCGCCCGCGAGUACAGAGAACGCGUAGAGAAGGAACUUAGGGAAAUCUGUUAUGAAGUUUUGGGUCUUCUUGACAAAUACCUUAUUCCUAAAGCUAGCAAUCCAGAAAGUAAGGUUUUCUAUCUGAAAAUGAAGGGAGAUUAUUACAGGUAUUUAGCUGAAGUAGCCACAGGAGAUGCCCGCAACACCGUUGUUGACGACUCCCAAACCGCAUACCAGGAUGCAUUUGAAAUUAGCAAGGGUAAAAUGCAACCAACACAUCCCAUCAGAUUGGGUCUUGCACUUAAUUUCUCAGUCUUCUACUAUGAGAUUCUGAAUUCUCCAGACAAAGCUUGCCAAUUGGCCAAACAGGCAUUCGAUGAUGCGAUAGCUGAACUGGAUACUCUCAACGAGGAUUCGUACAAGGACUCAACACUCAUCAUGCAAUUGUUGAGAGAUAACCUUACCCUCUGGACAUCGGACACCCAGGGUGAUGGCGAUGAACCACAAGAAGGUGGUGACAACUAACAACCAAACUAAAUUGUUUCCUUUUUAAAAUGACUAUGAAAAACCAACAACAACAACAACAAAAUUAAAUAUUUUUAAAACAAGAGAAGAAAAUCCAAACAACUUCAGCAAGAAAAUAUUUUAAAUUAAAAUUCAAAGCAUAACAACCAACCAACCAACCAACAACAACAACACAACAUACACAUUUUAAAUAAAAACAAACAACUCCGAAAACAGUCUUGGAUCUUCUACAACAAACAAAACCAAUUAUACAGACAGCAACAACAACAGCUAAAAUAAACAUGGUCAAAAAUAUAUAUUAAAAAAAGAAAUUAAAAUUAAUAACACAAACAACAUCCUGAUGUUUUGUAAAUUCAAAAGCAAACAGAGAGAGAGGAACAAUGCGCGUCCAAUAAAAAAAAAAAACAAAUAAAAGGAGGAAGCAUAAGUCAGUCAGUCAGUGGAAGAAGUAAAGAAGCCAGAAAGUUGAAGAAACCAAAAGCCAACAUUUUGGAGCUCAUAAUGGAAUGAAAUGCCAGAGAGAGAUAUGGAUGGGGGUGGAUCCUCCCUUCAUUUUGAUUUUUCUCUAAUUUUCUCUUCUGCCUUCUUUACUUUUUCCCACAAUCCACAAAAGAAUUGAAAAGAAAAUCUUCCUUUCGUUUUGUUUCGUUAGUAAUUCUACCAAAAAAAAACAGAACCCAAUAUCUGCAACAACCCGAAGAAGAAGAGCUACAAUAACAACCAAUUAGCAAUAAACAAGUGCAAAACAAAAAA